UUCACGUUGUAUUCAUCUUCUGGAUUUCCACCAUGCACCUCUGGUAUCAGCCUGGAAUGUCCCUGACUUCAUCUGGAAAAUCAGACUACUGCCUCAUCCUGUUGAACAGCUGCCUGAUAGAAGCCGAUCGCAGCGAAGAGCUGGCGUUCCUCAAGCCCUUUCUAGAGAAGUCUUUCAUGAAGAGGUCCUUUCGGAACGGCGUUGGAUCAGGGUUAGGAAUCAAAAAAAACUUUUUCAGAAGGUCAAAAUCCUAA